AUGGCUGAGUAUGGCCUCGAGUUCCACAGCGCUCUGCGGCAGUUCGAUGUGGACGCUGAUGGCUUUCUGGGAGCCUCUGAGGUGGCGCGGCUGUGCCGCCAGGCACAGGUGGCCGCGGAGGUCAUCCCCACGCUGGUGAGGAGUCUGCGGAUGGGCCCCGCAGGCAUCGCUGUGGACUCUUUGGCUGACAUUCUGCUGGGCCGCGGCGUGUUGGUGCCAUCCGCACCUCGCGACACGCGAAAUCCGCCGCCGCCGCCGCCCCCGCCCCCCCCGCCGCCUCAAGGAGAGAGCAGGUUCCUGCAGGUCGUGAAAGAAGCGACCAAGAGCCGCGCCAGCUCCAGCGAUGAGCUCCUUCGACUGCUGAAGUGGCAGGAGAGGCGCCGGAAUUCACGGUGCACCAGCGGGAGGAGGCUGCCAUCGUCCUGA